AGCAACUCAAAACAAUUGGCUACUCCCUGGCAAACUAUAUUCACAAAGGACAUAGUCAGCUUUUAAAUUAAUUCAUUGCCUUCACUCCAUGGUACGUUGAUUAAAAUUCUGGAUUGCCAGCCCACAUAUUAUGGGCUGUUGUAGAAAGAAAUAGGCCACAAACUAUGUAAGAAGGCCCAUUUAAGGAUCAACACUGACAACCAAACGGAUUCCGAGGGAACAACACACCACAAGCAGCCAAAACUUAAAAAACGUUGACAACCCUGAGAAGCCAUAUCCUCAAAGGCCUAAAACACAACAACAUGUCCCCCAUGCAAGUCCCCACGUAAACACCUGUCCAAAUCCUCACACGUGUCACACCACUCCUUCCCUUAUAAAACCCUCUCACCCUUCUCCCUCUCCUUCUCCAUCUCCUUCUUUACCACCUUCAUAUCAAAGACUUAAUCUUGAAAUGGCUGAGCAUGAAGGACAGCGGCAGCAUGCACGGUACCAACAGGAGGGCAUGAAGGGCAUACUGCCAGAUAAGGGCCAAGGUCCUUCAGCUUCAAAGGUGCUGGCAGUGGCUACAUUACUCCCAGUGGGAGGCACACUUUUGGGCCUCUCAGGUGUUACUCUGGCUGGGACUGUGCUAGGCCUUGCGGUGGCCACGCCACUGUUCUUGCUGUUCAGCCCAGUGCUCGUGCCGGCGGCCAUAACGAUAGGGCUGGCCGUGCUUGGGUUUCUGACUUCCGGAGCAUUUGGUCUGACUGCACUCUCAGCUUUGUCAUGGAUCUUGAACUAUCUUCGGCGUGCUCGAAUGCCAGAGCAUAUGGAGCACGCGAAGCGGCGCAUGGCGGAGGCGACAGGGCAAGUUGGACAGCGGGCUAGGGAGGCCGGUCAGGCAAUGCAGUCUAAGGUUCAGGAAGGUGGCGGUGUUCGUAGGGAGUAGAUAAUUAAUAAGUUAUGUUGUGUUUGUUGGUCUUUUAUGCAAAAUGUAAUAAAAAAAGGGUACUGUAUCCUUCACCUGAGUGAUCUGAAGUGGUUGUUGCAUGUGUAUGUCUGUGUCUGUCUGUGUGUAUUUCUUGUAAAUGAGUUUGGUUAAUAUUUUAAGUGUUUUGAGUUGUGUAAAUGGAUUAUACCAUUCAAGCACUGCAAUUAAUUAUUCUAAAGUUUAUAGUUUCAUAGUUGUAGUACACAUUCUUAAU